AUUUGCAAUAAGUUGGUUUUCCAUUUAGGGAGUGGGGUUGUCCUCCCCGGGACCCUCCACUGAAGUGUCCUCUGGCUGGAGACGUGGCAGCGCCUCCGGUCAUAUGAUGUGAGUCCACACACCAACCCCACCCCGUUACUGCCCACCCUGGAAACAUUCUUUUUUAAAUAUCACUUGUCCGUUAUUUUAGUGUGAAACAUCUGCCGAGAUCUGAAAAACGUCCCGCAAAUACCCCACUGCAUAACUCAGCACAAAUCCUAGAGUCGGAGUAUAGUGGCGGUGACCACCCCAAACAGAGCCAUUUUUAGCCGUUUACUGCUGACGUUUACACAGGCUGCAAAUAGCUUCCGUUUUACCCCGCUAGUGAUUGGACCCCGCGAGCUAACACAUACUGGUUGAACUAGUCCGACAUUCUACACUUCAAUGGAGGAACAGCCCAAAGAUCGGGCACAAGAAAGGCAAUACCACCACCACGGAGAGGACAGACACUCUACUCAACAUCCAACUUGUCUAAAACAUGAUCAGAGCCACUUCCAGCGCCAGCAUCAGGAAACGCAGACGAAGAAAACAGGUUGGGCCAUCCGGAGAAGCAUUAAAAAAGUAAACAUCAGUGAGGAGGAGGGGGAGAAGAAUCCACAUCUGUCUGAUACUGUUGGUAUGUCGCAUCCCCCCAACAGCAAUGGUAACAGACACACAAGUAAUGCAAAUGUGAAGCAGAAGUCAACUCAAAAGCUGUACACGACUGUUCCAAAAGUGAGCAGCAAAGGAUUAGAGCAUAAGAAGAAUAUGGACCUUAAAAAUGACAAGGAAAGGGCCCUGGAUUUGAUUCAUCAUGAGGGCCAACCUAUGGAUAAGAAAGACUCCGUGUUGCUUCAAAAUGGCGUUGUAAACUGUGGCUUAAUUACAAAUGGCUAUUCUAGCAAGGACAAUGAUGGCAGCGGCUCCGAAGGUGGAUAUACUACUCCGAAGAAACGCAAGGCCAGAUGCAACAACGCCAAGAACACUGAUAUUGUGAUAAGAGAAAAGGAAAAAGACAUGCAGCAGGGCAACACUACACACGAACAUGGGGCUUUUAAUCUUGAGACAACUGAGAAGAGAGUGACUUCUAGACUUGAUGGCUUUAGAGCCGCCCAUAAAGUGGAAGCUCAGUCAGCAGCUAGACGGGCUGUUGCGUCAGAGGCUUCAAUGGGUGAAUCUCAGAGGAAAAACUCUGAUGGCAAAAUAGUUGGCACCUUUGGUAAAAAGACUGAGGAAAGGCACAAAGCCAAGCUUUCGUCAGCUUCAAAAGAGGACUCAUGGACUUUGUUCAAGCCCCCUCCAGUAUUUCCUGUGGACAAUAGCAGUGCAAAAAUUGUUCCCAAGAUCAGUUAUGCAAGUAAAGUAAAAGAGAACCUCAACAAAGUAGCUCAAGGUGGAGGAGAGGCACUGCCUCCUCCUGUUAGACUGUCACAGGUCCCUAUGUCUGCUAUGAAAACUAUCACCUCAGCUAGCUUUACUAAUGGCCCUGUUUCUGGAAACGGAAACGGCUGCCCGUCAGUGGGUACCUUCUUUGCUCCUGCUGCUAGUAGUAUUCAACUAGCCCCAUCUAUCCCAAGUGGCGAGAAUGUAGCAUCUCCUUUGGAAAGUAACUGUAGCUCUACAACCAGUCCUGUAGACGGAGAAGCAUAUGAGCUUAGAAAGUUUACUUUAAUUUACCCUUUAAAUAUGCAACCUGUGCUCCCUAGUGCUCGUCACCUUGACCCACCGGCUGCUCAGACAAAUCAGAAAGCCUUGGGAGAUAUCUUCCAGAAUCAGUGGGGGCUUUCCUUCAUCAAUGAGCCCAACUUGGGGUCAGAAGGAGGAGGUGGCCAGGUGCCUGCAGAGGACAAGACUACUGGGGUCACAUCUCAAAGCGAGUGUCAGGCUGUCGCAGCCAAGGCUGCCCAGCCCUGCUUUGAUAAUAGCCCAUCAUUCUUAGAGCCUGGCACUUUGGCUCCAGACCCCGAGAAAAGGACUUGUGCCCCUUGCAAUGUGUCCAGUGCUUGUUCUCCUGCUUGUGUGAUGAGUGAGGAGGAGAACAAGCUGCAGCCAUGUGGCCAGGAAAAGACAAAAGUUGAGGCCAAGGGUGCAGGUUCUGCUGUGUUGGCUCCCAGUAAAGACAAUGGUGCUAAGCCUGCACAGGGCCAGCUAACCACUGUGUUGUUUGGCUCCUCUAAACAACAUGCCCACUCUAAAGACAUUGGCAGAAGGUGUAGCUGGGGGUCCUUUGAUAUUAAAGAUGCUGUCACUUAUCACACUAAAGAAAUGGAAUUCAUUUUCAACUUGCAAAAACAAGAUCCAAAAAGAGUAGUGGUUUAUGAUGAGACCAAGGAUGGACCUGAUCAGUGAGGUAGAUGGUCAACAGUACUUACCUUCUUCUCUUCUGGGUCUGGUGCUGCAAUUAUCUACCUUUGGAAUCAUAAAUCCUGUUGGGACAGAUAAAGUGACAACUGUGAAAACAUUGAUAGUUUAGCAUGACAGAUUUUCCUUGGAAUCUCCGGUGGAAUAACAGACUUCUUUGGGGGCAUCAGACAAACACACACACGCACUCUGGAGGGACGUUAAAGGAGUUGAAUCGGUGCCUCUCAGACACGGUAAAUGGACUUUGGAGCUGUGAUAGUUGUUUGUCUCGUGGCUCUGUUAAGGAUGAUGUUUGGGAGUUCAACAAAGGAAGGUGUCAUGGAUUGCACCUCCCUAAGCCUUUAUCCUGUUGAACUGCGGCAGCCGUCAGUCUGACUAUGGGAUGCCUCAGUCAUUUUCUUUCUUCACGUAUUCAAAUGAGUUCAUUGUAGAUAUGUUAGACGUUAUACAUACACAUCCGUGUGCAAGCUUGAAUUCAUCGUGGAGGAAAGGAGAACACACUUUUGCAAAGAAUGCCUUGAAGUUGUGGAAAUUAAGAUCUUUGGAGUUAAACUGUAAGUUAAGCGGAAGCUCGUAGGUGAGGCCCCAUCCAGGAAGGGAGAACCUUGUCUUAAGUCCUUUUUUAAGGGGAAAUCAGAGCCCAGAAAUUAAAACGCUUGCUUUUUCUUUUAUACUGUUUUGUCUGCCCUAACAUGAGUGUUAUCUGCACUGCAGUAUGACCCCCAGAGCACAGGUACAGAAGUGCCCAAUCUGAAGGAAAUCUACGCCCUUUCAUUUCAUUGUUUAUCACAGGUGUGCUAAAGAUUUUAAAAAUCAGGUCCGUUAAAGGCAAAAUCAUUUCAUCUUAAAGCGUUUCAUACAUUUCAUGCAGAUUGUUAUGAGGUCAGCGCAGACUAUUCUUAAAUUCAGAUUCAUAUAUACCUUCUAAUAUAUGAAUCCUUGAUCUUAGGAAUUAACUGACAAAUUGUUAAACAAGAGGCAUUGCUACCAAUAAGGUCUUCUGCGUUUUGUACCAUUAGUUCAGCAGCAAGACUCAGGAUGUCCAUACAGAUUAUUUUGCCUGCAUUUUUUUUUUUUCUAUGUAAAAACUGUUCAAUUCCUCUUGUCAAAGGAACACGUGUUGCAUUUUACGACUGAUUUUUGUUUUGUUUUUUUUGUUUUUCUGACUCAGCAUUUGGUCUUUACUUUUCCGUUUUUAUGGCAUUGUAUUUCUUGCAUGUUUACUGGUGGAAAUGAAUGAGUCAGAGGUCACUGUUCAUCGCCAUACAAAGAUAACAGUAACACAACAACACUUGCAAUACUAAUCUAGGUUCCCCCGACUAGCCACUUUGUCAAACUGUGUUGAAAUGUGAAGAUGAGUUGUACUAUUAUGUUUUUACUGUCGAUAACAUUUUACAUUUGCAAACCAGUGUGCAAUAACACCGUGUGAUCCAUACAAUGUGUAAAAAUGGGUUAUAUGGAGCUACAAAAUCAUCACCCAAGAUGCUGGUGUGGUUUAUUCAAAAAUGUUUAAGGUGCGUUUUUUCAGUUUGUUGCACAACUCCUUAAAGUGAUUUUUUUUUUUUUUUGCUAAAGCGCUCGUGUUGAAAGAUCUAAUUAAGUCUAGGGAGCCCAAAUUUGCUAACUGGCCAGCUGUGACAUCACUUUUCAUCACCAUCUCCAAAUCAGGAUUGGUUUUAUUCAACAUAACGAAGGAACUGUCCGGGUUUCUUUUCACUAGAAGAUAUGAUUUGGUUAAUGUGUGGAUUAAUAGCACUUUAUGUAAACUAAUUGCUUUUAUCUUUUAAUUACUAGAGAGAUCUAUAUGUACUGACAAGAAAUACUCCUUGAAAGAAUGGCUCUGGGCUGUUACUUUUCAGAAAAAAUAAGUUGAUAAAUACAGAAUUAUUAAAUGUAACUCAGGUAGUGUUGAUAAAGCCAUGACUAUGUUAAAUAUUGUUUUUUUUGCCAAAUGGCCCCUGUCAUGUAAUGUUCUCAAAUUGGAAAUGUUGAAUUGGAGUCCUAUUAUAUAGAGUCUCAUGUGAUGUGACAAAACACCAAAUACUCUUUGAGGAAACUGUCAUGGCAUGCAAGUGCUGUCAUUGUCAUUUUGGGCUCUUAAAAAUAUACGUUUUCCUGGUUUAUUUCCCCUUUAAAAAAAAAAAAAGUACAAAAAAAGCACAUUGCAUCCAUGCGCUGUUUUUCUAUGUGUACUAGACUGUAAUCUUGCAUCUUUGAGGUUAAUUUUCUCCCCUCACGUGUCAUAGUGAAGCACAUCUUGAUUUAUUAUGCUGACCAUCAGUGGGUGUUCUAUUGGGUAGCUACGAUCUGGGUAUGAGUUUUCAAGUACAUUUUCUUUCCACUGUGUCCUGAUUUGGCGGCGCGCAGCUUGAACUCGGUGUGCAAGAGGGGAAAGUCGUAACUGCAGCCAGUUGUCUUGACAUUUAACUUCCACGUCUAAUCUCAGUCAGCUCUCUGGUAUUAAAAUGCUUUGUUUUUUGGCUUCCAUGUACAGCGUGUGCAAUGGACGAGUGUAUCACCUCCGAAUAAGAACAGUUGUGUUGGAUCUGGUGUGUGACGGAAGAGAAAGGGCAUUUGAGGAGAUGUUGCGCAUUUAGCAUUUAGGACUUAUGUUUUUUCUGUGCUUGUGGAGAUUGACAUUUUAAUCUGGCAUACACAAAUUAAUUUCUUCUGAUUGCCCAUAAGUUCAUCGACAAAGUGACAUAAUCAGGUUCCCAUAUGGUAAACGCCUAAUUGUUCAGGCUGAAAGCAUUAUCCGUGGACAGUGAUUAAUCUAUAGGCUUCUAAAUGUAAAACAGGGUGAUCAAAAUGAGUAGUAUGUGAUGUUACUGUAGUCUUACUACCUUUUUCUUUUUCUUUUUUAAAUAUUCUUUUUUGUCUCGCUUUUUUUAGAGGAUGGUCCUGUACAGGGAAAUCAGAGAAUCUCCCAUCCUCCCGCCCUAAGGCUCCUCUUUUUUAAAGCACUUAACUACAGCAAAAAGGCUAGUUGAAUAUGCAUUUAUAAAGAUAGAACUAUUAUUUAGCAUUGUAGCCUGCAAAACCAAAAACAGGUUCUUGAAGCGGAGUAGAUGGUUAAUCAGUGUUGGGCAGGGGGGGUUGAGUGACUGACUGUUGAGAGAGUAAAGCCUGAUCAUGUGAAGUUUCUAUCUCCAUCUCCUCAGGAUGUGCAAUCACCUCAAGGACGCUGAUGCAGGCUUCCAGGUUGUGAGUGACGAGUUCGGCCUCGUUGUUUUUGUGGGUGUGUGCAUAGCGAGUUCUUCCUAUUAUAUGCAAGUUCCUCGUAUAUUUCAAAAUUCCCCCCCCUCCUCCCUUGUUGUUUCAUGUUCAGGUGCCUGUGUGAAAAAAAUAUACUUUUACAGCAAUUUUGAUUGUUUAAAAUCUGCUUCCAGCAUAUAUCCGUGCCAUUUUUUUUUUUGUUUUUUUUUUUUGUUUCUUCUUUUUUUUUGUAACAUUUGCAAUGCUGUGUAAGUUCUACAGCUAAUCCUAAUUUCUUCUUUAAGCGACAUGGAUGCAGCUGAAAGCAAUGAGCAAUUUCUGUGUUUUGUAGGUUUUUUGAAAUUGUCAUGGCUUGUGUUCAGAAUUGUGUGACCUAAAGCCAAAAUCAGUUCGAAUGGGACGGACGACAAACCGCUUGCUGGCGUAUACUCAUGCCAGUCCAUUGUCAAGUUAAUGUCUGAAGUAGCACAUAAUUGAUUUGAACUGAUUUAACAAAAUAAUGUUUUUAACAUGUGUUUUAAAAAGGUUUUUAUUUUUGAGUUAUAACCUAAUUUAUCCAUAGAUGCACAAGUAGGAUGAGACUAAAAGGAAUAAAUGAUACAGAAAAUCAAUAUGUCUCUUUUCGUGAGUUUUAGAUGAUUUAGUUACUGAUAAAGGCUGAUGUAGACCUAUUUUCCCCCCCCCCAAUAGCACCAAUUUUAAUAUAUUGAAUGCUGAUUUUCUACAAAUUAUUUUAACUCAUUUCUUCAAAAUAGUUGUGAUGGAGCGAUGAGCAUCGAAACACACUGCAUCCCAGAGUUUCUCUUAAUAUAUUUUUUAUUUGUAGUGAUGUUGAUCAUGUCGUGAGGGGGUUUGAGGUAUUAACGUGCGGUUCAACAACUCUGAAAUCUGCUUUCGCCAAAGGUACACUACUCAGAUAUUCAGCUAGUGAAUGGCAAGCGCACAGGCCGGGAGACGUUGUUGAUGAUGUCACAACCAGCUUCCUGACAUCAUGCUGGGUUUGGAGGAGUCUUUAGUGAAGAGAAGUCACUACUGUAGCAGCUGAAUGUCACUUUGAGCGUGUUGUUAUACGGUGCGAGAGAGGAGCAAUCUUCAAAAGAUGAGACAAAUACCGAAAGUGCUGCUUCUUCAUCCAGUAAUCAAUCGUCUGUAAUGGGAAAUGCUGGACUUUGGUGUGUGUUUGUGCUCUACUUAAAAGCUGUCCUUCCUUUAAACUGCCUCUUGUGGAAAUGUUUUUAAUUUAGGGGGCUUUUUGUUUUAUUCAUUGACACCUAAGAGGUACAGUGUUUUAUGAUUCCACACAUGAUGAAUGAAGUAAAAAAAACAAAAAA